AUGCCAAAGGAAAGUAAACAAGAAAAUAGGCCAGAAAACGAAUCUGAGAAUGUAAUUUCUGAGGUCGAUGAUAUUGAUAUGCUAUUAGAAGAUCUUUCAGUUGAGAAUAAUCCUGAAUAUCGUAGAAAUGCCAUAGAAGCCUUGGAAAAGGUUAUUAGAUAUCAAGAAAGUCUUGAAGUUAGAAAAGGGUUUAAAGAGAAUGAACUAAUAGCACUGCGAAAAAAACUUAAAGAAUGGCAUUAUGAAAAGGAUAAAAACAAAAAGCAACUUUCAAAUUUAUCUUUCUUUGGUCUUAAUGAUUGA